AUGGACCAUUUCAAUCAACCCACGAUUGGCACAGCCUCAUUCCUAUCAUGUGUGGCCAAUCUUUCGAACACGAUCCUGGGUACUGGCAUGUUAGCCAUGGCACAUGGUUUCGCACAGGGAGGUCUCAUCAUCGGCUUCAUCACUGUUGUCAUUUGUGGAUCGAUGGCCUACCUGGGAUUAUAUCUUUUGUCGUUAUGCGCUACCCAUCCCUCGAUUCCCCAUCGGACCGCAUCCUUUUCAGCAAUCUCCAAAUUCACUUAUCCCCAGGCCUCAACCUUAUUUGACUUGGCUAUCGCUAUCAAAUGCUUUGGAGUCUCGAUAUCGUAUCUCUUGAUCUUUGGUAAAUUAAUGCCCCAGGUCAUCUUAAGUUUCCAAUCAACAAUUACCUUAGCAUUGAUUGACGACAACACUGAAACUACGCUUUGGCUUCUUGACCGAAGGUUAUGGAUCACACUAUCGAUGCUCGUCCUCGUUCCGGUCUCCUUCCUACCGACCCUAGAUUCUUUGAGGCAUAUAUCUUACGUGGCUCUAAUUGGUGUCUUCAACUUGAUUAUUGUCGUGAUCUUCAAGUUCUUCUUUUCAUCUGAUCCGCUACCUUCAAAGUCUUCUGGAGCCGAAAUUCAUUGGAUCAAGCUCGAUCCUUCCUUCCUCACUGCUUUACCCCUCUUUGUUUUUGCUUACACAUGUGCUCAAAAUAUAUUUUCAGUACACAAUGAAAUGGUUGACAAUUCACCUCGUCAAAUGAAAAAUGUUUUACUCACAUGUAUUGGGAGUGCCGUUGGAACGUAUGAAAUUGUUGGAGUUUUGGGAUAUCUUACAUUCGGCUCAAAGGUCUCUUCGAACCUGAUCUCAGAUUAUGAAAGCUCGGUUUUCAUCUCGAUCUCAAGGUUGACGAUCUCGAUUCUAGUAUUAUUCUCGUAUCCCUUGCAGCUUUUUCCCUGUCGGAGUUCGCUCAUCAAAGUUCUGAAUUACCAACGAAAUCAAGAUCGUCCCCCGAAACUCCCCCAUGAUCCCCUUCCUACUACCAGUCAAGCUCUGGAACGCGAAGAAGAUAUUGAAGACUCGGGAGAAGUUGAAGAAGCGGGUGUGCAUUCGACAGACGAACCGAUAUCCAUCAAGCUUUAUGUGGGCAUCACUGCUUUUCUUCUACUGGGAAGCUUUCUUAUCGCGGUUAAUGUUGAAAGAUUGGAAACUGUUCUUGGAUUUGUGGGGUCAACCGGUAGCACCACAAUUUCAUACAUCUUACCAGGUUUAUUCUUUCGCAAAUUGUUCCCGGCCGGACGGUCUGGCUUACCAUCAAGUCCAGAUCUGGCCAGCAACCCUGAGCUAGAUCGCUACUAUGAUCACAACCAGACGACCGAAGAAGGGGAACAACAAGGAGCGGAGGAGCUUGCCAACAUUCUACGUGAACGUCAGCAGGUCGAGGACUUGAUUGAUCCUCACGAGCUCGUCGUCUUGAGGAAACUCUCAUUAGCUCUUGUCGUGGCCGGGUUUGUCAUCAUGAUCGUUUGUUUUAGCUUAAAUAUCCAUGAUGCUUUCUUUUGA